UGGUGGUUGCUACAAAAUUACACCCUAUAGUGGCCAGAAUGGGAAAUUUGUCAAAAUAUCCAUCUAAAAAGGAAAGUAUCAAAGUUAUCAGAUGUAUUUUAGUAUGUAGUGGCUGGCAUACGUUGUUGAUCGUCGAAUGUUGAGUAUAAACACCCGAACGCAUUUUUUGUGGGAGGAAACCUCCUGUACGCAUGAUGUUGCAUUCACCAAACAACAUACCAUCCAAAAUGUGACGUUGUACUGUACGCUAGCAUUUGGCGUAGUCUUCUACGCACGAUAGUUGCUUUCACUCAAAUGACAUUUAAAUGGCUACACUGUACAGCACUGUAUAUCGGUGCUCAAAAUGUACGAAUAGUAACAUUGUUUCCAUGUACUUUGUAACAAACCGCGCUUGAGUCGAUUGUUAUUUGUACACGCAUCUAUUUGCCCCGACGUUUUUGACACACAUUUGAAAUGAACGAGGAGGAAGACUUUUUGCAGAAAAUAAGGCUGGGGUUUGAAGAACUCUGUCGAGCUUUGAAUAUGGACGUGGAGGCGAGCAACGAAGCAUGGAGGAGUUACGAAAGCAUAAGAAAAAAAUACACAUUAGAGGGCAGUGACCUACACUGGCUGGCCUGUGCCAUUUAUGUGGCCUGUAGAACACCAGUACCAACAGUGGAUAAGGGUACUGCAGAGGGAAACUACGUCUCCCUGACCCGAAUACUCCGCUGUUCAGAACAAAGCCUCAUUGAGUUCUUCAACAAGAUAAAGAAAUGGCAGGAUAUGGCCAGUCUUCCUCAGGACUUCCGCCAGAGCACGGAGAAGCUGGAGAGAAAUUUCACAGUUUCCGCCGUCAUCUUCAAGAAAUACGUCCCCAUUUUCAAAGCCAUCUUUAAGGCGCCCUCGGAUGAACCGCCCAGAGUCCACAGGAGCCGCAAACAGAGACGCCAUCCCUGCACCGUUGCUGAAGUCUUCAACUUCUGCUGGAUUCUGUUUGUCCACGCCAAAGGAAACUUCCCUAUGAUCAGUGAUGACCUAGUGAAUUCGUACCAUCUCCUUCUGUGUGCUCUGGACCUGGUCUUCUCCAACGCCCUGCUCUGUAAUACCAGGAAGGAGCUGCUCAACCCCAACUUCAAAGGCCUUCCUGAGGACUUCAGCAGUAAGGACUACAAGCCCACUGCAGGGCCUUACUGCUUCAUAGAGCAGCUGUGUGAACUGCAUGAUGGCCUGGUGCUGGAGGCCAAAGGGGUGAAGGAACACUUCUGGAAACCCUUCAUCAGUAGGCUCUUCCAUAAGAAGAUUCUCAAAGGGAAAGAAGAGAGCUUGACUGGCUUCUUAGAUCCUAUGAAUUUUGGAGACAGUUCUGUGUCCAUAGGCCGUGUGUAUGAGGAGCAUGUUCUGGCCACUGGAGGUCUGGAUGAUAGGAUCUUUUUGGGAGAGGGCACCCCAGGCCCCUGUCUCUGUGAGGGAGCGGAGAACCAGGACGCCUCAGCAUACAGACUCUACAACAGUCAGACUGCCUCAGUCCUGAAGGUGUCCACUUCCUUUACGGGUCGUAAUUAUGUCCAGGACAACAGUCUGUGUAUGCCGGUCUCUACUGCCAUGCAGAGUGUUGGUCGACUACACAGCCUGCUCACUGGACUGAAGCGCGGCCCCAGCCGGAGACUCACAGACUUACUGAGGUCGUGUGCCAGAGACCCCAGUGAGGUCAUCUCCACUAGGCUGAAGGACAUGUGUCAGCUCUUCUGCCAGCACUAUGAGGGCAACUGGGAAGAGAACGCAGGACUGGGGAAAGACAUCGCAGUGUACUUCUGCCUGGCAGAGGCGCUCUACUAUAAAACCCUGGAGGCCGUCAUUGACCAGGAGAAGAAGAGACUGGGCAACUUGGAUCUCUCUGGUAUUCUGGAACAGGAUGUGUUCCAGCGCUCUCUGCUGGCCUGCUGUCUGGAGAUUGUCAUCUUCUCCUACCGACCUCCAGGGGACUUCCCACGAAUCAUACACAUUUUCCAGCUCCCUGCAUACCACUUUUAUAAGGUGAUCGAGGUGCUGGUGCGGGUGGAGCAGGGUCUAUUCAGGAAGGUGGUGAAGCAUCUGAACCAGGUGGAGGAGCAGGUUCUGGAGAGCCUGGCCUGGAGGGGGGGAUCCCCGCUGUGGGACAGCGUCAGGGGGGCCAAGAACCAACCACCCUCCUGCCAGGAGGUGAUGCCACCACAGCAUCUGGAGGAUGGGGACGGAGCCGCCCCUCUCACCCCCAGCAACCAUGGCACUGACCUGGGCACCAACCGUGGUGCGAAAGGUGUGUCCACCUCCCCCACUACCAUGUUGGACCGCUACAGCUGCCCCACCACGGGCUCGGCCAGGAGACGGCUGUUUGUGGAUGUGUCCUGCGACGCCCCCUCGGACCCCUCCACCACCAACCUCACUACCAACCUCAGGACCUCCCAGGCCAUCCCUGCUGGACAGACUGUGGUCACCAUGGCAACGGCCACAGUUACCGCUAACAACGGACAGACGGUCACCAUACCUGUGCAAGGAAUAGCCAAUGAGAACGGAGGCAUCACCUUCAUCCCUGUCAAGGUAAGUGUGACGGGACAAGGUACGCUCCAGCCCCUGUCUGCCCAGUCCCUGACUGGCACUUUGACCAGCCAACCACAGACCACCACCACCCUGAAAAGUCCCACUCUCCAGGGCAGCCACGCCGCCGGCAAGCCAAUCGAGAAGCCGGCAGCCCAGGGCCCGUCCAAUAACGGGCCUCAGAAAAAGAGUUCCCUCUCGCUGUUCUUCCGCAAGGUGUACCACCUGGCCAGUGUGCGUCUCAGAGACAUGUGUGCCAAGCUGGACAUCUCUAGUGAGCUGCGGAGGAAGAUCUGGACAUGUUUCGAGUACUCUCUGGUGCACUACACAGAGCUCAUGAUGGACCGACACCUAGACCAGCUCCUCAUGUGUGCUGUGUACGUCAUGACCAAGGUGACCAAAGAGGACAAGUCCUUCCAGAACAUCAUGAAGUGUUACCGCUCUCAGCCCCAGGCUAGCAGCAGCGUCUACAGGAGUGUGUUGAUCUCUGGGAGGAAGAGACAUCACUCAGGAAGCAGUGAGAGAAAUGGACAGAGCUCUCCUACAGAGACCAGCCAUGAGGGAAGUGGAAACAGCAGCCCCGUACCCAUGCGUUCCACCAGCACCCUACCCACCCAUCAGCCUGGCAGCACCCCAUCCACCCCCACCCUGGCCCCCUCCACCUUCCUCUCUACGUCCUCAUCCCUCCCUCCCUCCCAGCAGCAGGAUGAUGAAGGGGGAGUGGUGGUGGGGGGGAGGGUGGAGGAGCGAGGAGACCUCAUCCACUUCUACAACCGGGUCUACAUCAAACAGAUGCGCCACUUUGCCCUGCGCUACUCGCCCAGCUCAUCCUCUGCAGGGCUAGAGUCUCCUCCCCUGUGCCUGUACCCCUCCCUGAGGACCAGCUCCCCUCGCCGGGUCCUCCUGUCCCACAACCACUCCAUCUAUAUCUCCCCCCAUAAGGCUAGUGACAGCCCCCCCACAGCUACCGCACAGGACAAGAUAUUCUACUACAUCUGCAGUGGCCCAGCCAACCGCCUGGCGGAGAUCAACAGUAUGAUCCGCACCGGGGAGACGCCCACCAAGAAGCGCAGUAUGCAGCUGGAGGAGGAGCCAUCUCCCAAGAGGUUGUGUCCGGACAACCAGACAGCCCUCUUCCGCAGGCUACAAGACGUGGCCAACGAUCGUAGCUCCUCCCACUAAGGUUGAACACACCCCCUUCAGAACACACCACUGGCUGAAGUCGGGAGUCACCAUACUAGACUGGCAUGUUAGAAACAAAUAAACUGGCAACAUCAUCAAUAUCAAAAUUGAUGAGGAUACAUUUGUUUUUCAUAAAGGAUAAGAUCUUCUAGUCUAAGGUUAGUAUGAUGGUUUAAUUUCAGAGUUAGCCUAGUGGUUUGGUAGUUAAACAUCAGAUUUUAGGUUACUUCCGUCUCUUCUAGCAUGGCCAGAUUGUGUCCCUUAACACCAUAUUUUUCUAUAUACAGGGAGUGCACAAAAUAUUAGGAACACCUCCUAAUGUUGAAUUGCACCCCCCAUUUUGCCCUCAAAACAGUCUCAAUUCAUUGGGGCAUGGACUACAAGGUGUCGAAAGCAUUCCAAAGGGAUGCUGGCUGAUGUUGCCUCCAAUGCUCCCCACAGUUGUAUCAAGUUGGCUGGAUGUCCUUUGGAUGGUGGACCAUUCUUGAUACACACAGGAAACUUGAGAGUGAAAAUCCCGCCGGCGUUGCAGUUCUUGACACACUCAAAGUGGUGCGCCUGGCAUCUACUACCAUAACCCGCUCAAAGGCACUUCAAUCCACGUCUCAAUUGUCUCAAUGCUUAAAAAUCCUUAUUUAACCUGUCUCCUCCUCUUCAUCAACGUUGAUUUGAAGUGGAUUUAACAUCAAUAACGGAUCAUAGCUUUCACCUGGAUUCACCUGGUCAGUCUAUGUCAUGGAAAGAGCAGGUGUUCUUAAUGUUUUGUACACUGUGUAUGUCCAGAGUCAAAUGAAUGUAUUUUGUCUAGAAUACACAGCAAUUACAGAAUGGACUGCCAUUGGUGUGGAGCUUUGCAAGUUUGUGUAUAUGGUGGAGAAUAAUUCAAAAUCACAUGCAUUUUGAAGUGUAUUCUAUCAGUGUUACUUAACUUGCUCAUGCCCACAAUUUAGCUGUUCAAUAUACUAUGAAUGAAUUCCUUUCAGUGUUUUGAUAUUCUUCUUGAGACAAAAUCCAUCAUUACACUCAUAUUCAGUAUGUAUUUAGGAUUUCAUAUCUCAGAAGUUUAUAAGAUUCGUUUUUUUAUUGAGUUGCGUCAGAAUAGAAGAAAGCACUUAACAAUGACCAUGUUCUUCAAAUAUUUUGUACAUUGUUUGGCCUUGAGUACAUGCAAGCAUUUCAAAUAUGUAUUUUUAAAGCUUUUGUAACACCAGAGAAGAUGACAUGGUGUCGUUAACUCUGCCGGGUUUCUUUUCCAAAGUCUUUUGAGCUUAGUUUUAUUUAGUUAUUUUGUGUAUAAUUGUUUAACAAGGCAAGUCAGUUAAGGACAAAUUCUUAUUUUCAAUGACAGCCUAGGAACAGUGGGUUAACUGCCUUGUUCAGGGGCAAAAUGACAAAUCUUUACUUUGUCAGCUCGGGGAUUCAAUCUUGCAACCUUUUGGUUACUAGUCCAACACUCUAACCACUAGGCUACCUGCCGCCGUAACAUAUUCAUGCUAUUUUUCUAACUUUAGAUAUGUUAGCAAAAAACAGUAACUUUCCAUUUUACCAAUGACAAUACUUAGUAGUAGAAUCACUGACAACAAUAUUUGUUUUCUGUCUCAUGUAGCUUCCAUUAAUUAUAAGGUAAUACUUUUAGUAUCCAAUACAUUUUAUAAUUGUGUUGUUAGUCACAAUGCCAUGUUAUCGUUUUGUUGAUCAGCAACUUAAAAGUCAUGGCAAAUGUCUUUGUCUGAACAUUGUUGUAAAAUAAAUAAAAAAUAAAGCAUAUUAUUUUAUCGUAGGCAGUGUGAUUAGUGCCUUUAUCCGUAUCCGUUAAGCGAUGUAGUACUUGUACAUGUCUUUGUUUAAAUUGUCUUUCCUUUAAAAAUAAUCAUCCUUUGGAAAUAAAAAGAUCUACUUAGGAACCAUACAUAAGUGCCCUUAAUUCAUCACAAGAUGUUAUGUUUGUAAUUGUCAGUAAACUCACCACUAGAUGGUGCUGUAUGUAUAUCCAGUAGUAAAAUACUAUGGUGAGAAGACCUGAGGUCUUUAUAAAGUACAGAAUCACUAUGUCAACACCAUAGUUCAGUGGCUCGUGCCAAAUGGGCCAUUCAAGUAAUCUGUAUUGUCUGUAAUUGUAGACUUCUAUAAUGUGUGAGAAGUAUACAGGAGGACAGGGAUUGUGCUUUAUGUGAAAGUCUUUGUUACUUUUUCAAUUAGGCAUUCAACCGUCUCCACAUGUACAUAUGUCAAUGUUGUUCCUUCUCUUGUGUUGCUAGUGCUUUUGUCUGGGAAUACCAUGAGCCAAUAGUUUAUCAGAUCAUAAUAAUAAGCAUUUUUUCUACAUAACAUCUGAUUUGUAAGGGGGACAGUCCAACCGCAGCUGUUGAAGAUAGCCAGGGCUGAAACCUGACUAGGUCAUAAGCAGCAGGGAGCAUAGCGAUUAAGAGCGUUGGGUCAGUAACCAAAAGGUUGUUGUUUUGAAUCCACGAGCUGACUAGGUGAACAUUUGGUCGAUGUGCCCUUGAGCAAGGUCAAUUAACCCUAAUUGCUCCUGUAAGUCGCUCUGGAUAAGUAUGUCUGCUAAAUUACUCAAAUGUAAAUAAGCAAUGUGCCAUGAUCCCAUCUCUUAACUUCAAUGGUACAGAAUACAAAGCAACCUGUUCAUGCUCUUGAACUGAAAUAUGUCACGGUUACGAUAAUCAUAACAGGGACAGUGGUGUGUUAUGUUGUGACUUUGACAAAGCUCUGUCCACAGCAAAGAUACCUGGGUAAAAGAUACAUGCAAUAAACCCAACUAAAAUGCAUUCACACAACAAAAUGGGACUAUGGCUAUGUCACAGAUGUAACUAAUUGCCUAUAAUUUAAAUGAAUUAAUUGACUAUUUAAGUGGUCAUCUGUACUAUAUUUAACCCUUUGUUCUGUCUUGUUGAGAAAGUGGUGAAUGUAUUUGACAGACAAAAACACUACAAGGAAAGCAGACGGCUGCUUCCUGGGCUGCACCACUUCCUGUGCUUUUCACUUAUUUUCUUUUGAACCGUUUUAUUUGCAUGGUUUAUUGAAUGCUUGUUUCUGAGAAUGUGUGAAUGUGUUCAGAUAAUUCCCCGGCUGAGAGGUGAACAACUGUAUAAACCAUUCUAUUAUUUAUUAAAUGUGUACUCUUUUGUGUUA